CUAGCUAAUGCCUCUACAAAAGUUGAAUGUAUUUACUUCAGCUUGUUGAUAAUCCUAUAACUCAUACGUUCUUAUACAUUUGAGUGAUUACUUGGUUUAGGAUGAUGAAUGACGCUUUACCAAAUGUUUUGGGUUUGCAUAUCUAACGCGUUAGCGAGCUAACAGUUAUGGUAAUGCUAAAACACAUCAUGGGCGUUGACAAUUUCAAGAUGGCACUUUGAUGAUGGGCUGAAGGAUACAACUGCUUACUAACUGACCAAAUGAGAUAACAGCACAGCAGCGAUGUCUUCCUUAGAAAAGGAAAUUACUGACCUUCAUUUAAGCCUUGAUUGUGGUGAUAAUGCUGUGAAAACACAUACCCUGCACAUUCUACCAGAGUGUGUUGGACCUAUACAGAUCACUGAGAAUGUCACAUCUGACACCCAAUAUUUCAGCAGAAGAAACUUCAAAUAUGUUGUGGAUUGCAUUUUGAAGAACACUACUUUAAAGAAUUUGUAUCUUGAAGGUAAUGAAAUAUCCAGGCUUCCGGAUACGCUGUUCACCAGUUUGUCAAACUUGGUGUGGUUAGAUCUCAGAAAUAACCAAAUCACAGCCCUUCCUGCGAAAAUUGGUCUACACAGAUGUCUGAAAACGUUGCUGCUCGAAGGGAAUCCUAUCACAGAGCUUCCACUGGAAUUGGGUAAUGUGAUUACUCUCAAGGCCCUGAGUUUGAGGCAUUGCCCCAUCACGUUUCCACCUCAAGAGGUUGUGGGGCAGGGCCUCCAAUGCAUCCUACAGUACCUACGGAGUGCCAUGGCCGAACGACCGGUUAGUGUGCGGAACUCUCUUCCAGACAUGCCCCCAGUGGAGAAGCUACAGUUGACAGAGCUUGUAAAGUCCAGUUUGGACCUUUGUGAAGAGGUGGUGGAUGAAGAUGAACUGCAGAGGUUCAGAGAGCUGAGGCAGAAGAUGAGCCAAAUGGACAGAGCUGAGUUGGGCUAUGCCCUCCCUAUUUCACGCCUCCCUAGAGCAGCAGAGGGUGAUAGAGGCCACAAGACAUACCCUCUGCCCGUCAUUAAAAGAAAGAAAGAGAUUACCAGGGGAAAUAUAUUUCCCGAGCUCCCUCCCUUUGACAUGCAGUACUGGAAGAGGUCAGAGGAGAGAAGACUGGCUGCAAUGAAAGAGCUUAAAGAAAAACAAGCCAUUCUUGAACAAAGGAGGAAUUUCAGAAAGCAGGGGUGUAUUGUGUCAAAUUGGCAUUUGAUGAAGUCCCAGAAAGGGAGGGAUCAAUAUUAUGUGUCUGCAAAGGCCAAUGCCAAUAAGGGAGACCAAGAGCUCCUCAAGGAAUGGCGUACUCAUGCUAGGGUCAUGCAGGAGAGGAAAAUCUUGGAGCACAAGCAGGAAAGGCGUGAGAGACAUAGAAGAGAAGAGACGUUGAAAAAGAUAGCGUCAGGCUGCGCAGACACUCAGUUGAGGCUGUCCAGGUCAGGGGCAGCGACAGGCCUAGCUAACGAUGGAUCACUGUGCCUCCAGUGUGCCGAGUCAGUCAUCCUGCAGUCAGAUGUCCCCAGCGAGGCUGCACCACAGCUGGUACCGAUAAAUGCUCCAUACGCCACAGAGUCUCUGUGUAGUGUUGUUGAAAGUGGUGAGAUCAAGACCCACAACCCCCCACCAAAGAGGAUCCAGAGACAGAGAUCGUUCCUGUCCCAGAAGGAACACGAGGAAGCCAGGUGUCUCCGGAAGGUGGUGAUUGACUCCGCUGUCCUGGCGUCGUGAGGGAGUGUGUUCCACCAUUGGGGAGCCAGAGCAGCGAACAGUUUUGACUGGGCUGAGCGGGAACUGUACUUCCUCAGUGGUAGGGAGGCGAGCAAGCCAGAGGUGGAUGAACGCAGCGCCCUUGUUUGGGUGUAGGGCCUGAUCAGAGCCUGGAGGUACUGAGGUGCCGUUCCCCUCACAGCUCCGUAGGCAAGCACCAUGGUCUUGUAGCGGAUGCGAGCUUCAACUGGAAGCCAGUGGAGAGAGCGGAGGAGCGGGGUGACGUGAGAGAACUUGGGAAGGUUGAACACCAGACGGGCUGCGGCGUUCUGGAUGAGUUGUAGCAUCUACUGACAGUAGCCACCAAAGAAAGCAAUGGCAGAUCAAUCAAAGAUGUUCAGAGACAUUUAGUGGAAAGAGGGUUUUUGGAAAGAUCUCUUUCGUUCAAAGCAUAUAUUUUGUCCCCUGUGUCAAAUACUUUGGUUCAGCUGAUUUGAUUUAAUUAAUGACUUUUUUUUCUGUUGUCCAGUACUAUACCUAGUCCAACCGGCGCCCCUGCACAUUGACUCUAUCGGUACCCCCUGUAUAUAGCCUCAUUAUUGUUAUUUUACUUUAUUUUAUUUGUUAGUUUGAUUUUUGAUUUUUUACUAAUCUAUUUUUUUACUUAACAAUUUUUUUUCUUAACUGCAUUUUUGGUUAAGGGCUUGUAAGUAAGCAUUUCACUGCAAGUUCUACACCUAUUGUAAUGAAUGUGACAAAUACAAUUUAAUUUGAUUUUGACAACGAUAGACCAGUACCUGUCUUUUGAAUAAAUACUGUUCAUGUAAACUAUUGAUUCAAAAGAGUACACCUCAGUAUAAGGUUUAGUUUAUUGUCAAGGUGUACAAGAGCUGAAUUGCAGCGUACAGUCCAUCAGAAUAAAUAAACAAAUAAUUAAAUCAAACAAUCGUGUGAAAUCGUGUGAUAAAUGUAUAUGUGGAGGGAGGGAGCAUUGGUCAGUCACAGCCAGGUUAAAGUAUCAGGAGUCUUGAUUAGGGACAGGGUCAGACAGGUCCGGACUCCGAGCAUCUGGUCUCUGUAGUCUGUAGCUAGCCAGCUAAUCCUCCACCACCAACAACAUGCAGCACCCACAGCGGUAUGUAACUAAGAGAAUCUUUAGUUUGUGAAAUGGUGGUUCAUUUGACCCUUGACCUGUGUGA